GUCUGUUUUGAAUAUUUAAAGAGGCUGGGUGUUGUAAUCGCAUCAGAUGCCAGCGAUUUUCUUUUAAGUUUGACUAUAAUCGUAGAAUAGAUAUUUUUAUACUAGAGACGUAUUUUUUAAAACACAUAAUACAUGGAUUUUACUUUGGAAGAAGUUCGUGGCAUUCUUGAUGAGAUGGGUUUGAAAAAUGUACCCGAUAACCAUCUCGAACAGUUUGCCAAAGAUUUAAAGCAUUUGAUGAAGCACGAAAAGCACGUCCAAAAACGAAAGAGAGCUGAGGGUGAAUUUACUGUUCCUCCCUCACAACCUGUCAUCAACCUUCCCACGAUUCGGCUACCAGCUUCUGAGGUACCUACCAGUUCUACAGCAACUCGACAUCAGCCAAUGGUUGUCAGACCUAGUGCCAGUUUCUACCCUUCGUGUCCAGAUUAUAGAGUAAACUUUGACUUGGUUGCUACCGGGAAGAAAUUGCCUACAGAACGUGCCCCCAAAGUUGUCAAGAAUGAAGCAGUAAAGUCUGCAUCUGCCACAACAUCUGCCUCUAAAGCAGAACAUGAUAGAGCAAAACUUCAAGAAGCUCAAUGGAAGAAACUCAAGACUGAUCCUGUGAAACUUUAUGGGUGGUACAAAACUCACUGGGAUUAUCAUGGGCUUGAUAAAAAUCCAUACUGAACAAGUGUGUUUAGGCUUUCAUCGCUGAAUGUAUAAAAUUCUUUAAACAAUUGGUAUCAAAAUAUUGUGUGCUAUUGAAAUAAAAAAUUAUGUGACCAGAAGAAUAAAAUUCUCAGUUUAAAUAACACUAUACAUGCAA